AGAAACAGCUAGAAGUGAGAAGAGAGAUGAGUUGACCCGCCUUGAGGGAGUAGCCGCUCGACUGUGCCGCGUUUGAUUGGUCCAACUCGCGGGAGCUUUCGAGAAACUUCACGAGCAGAAGCCUGAGAAUAUAAAACACGAGUAAGAUGCUGCUUUGUCGGUAUGAAUCGGAACAGAUCGAGUUAGCGAAGAGUUUUAGGCAACGAGCCACAACGAACACUGAAAGAAGGGAUCUAAUUCAGACAAGGUAGACAAUAAAGAAAUCAAACAUGUCAUCUGCAAAAGGAGUUGCUAUUGGAAUUGAUCUGGGCACCACCUACUCCUGUGUGGGGGUGUUUCAGCAUGGAAAAGUGGAGAUCAUCGCCAAUGACCAGGGAAACAGAACAACACCCAGUUAUGUUGCAUUCACAGACACAGAAAGGCUCAUUGGAGAUGCAGCAAAAAACCAGGUGGCCAUGAACCCUAACAACACCGUAUUUGAUGCGAAGAGGCUGAUCGGCAGGAAGUUUGAUGAUCCAGUUGUCCAGUCUGAUAUGAAGCACUGGUCCUUCCAAGUCAUAAGUGAUGGUGGAAAGCCAAAGGUCAAAGUUGAGUACAAAGGAGAGACCAAAUCAUUCUAUCCUGAGGAAAUCUCCUCUAUGGUACUUGUGAAGAUGAAGGAGAUUGCAGAGGCUUACCUGGGACAGAAAGUGACAAAUGCAGUUAUCACAGUUCCUGCAUAUUUCAAUGACUCCCAGAGGCAAGCAACUAAAGAUGCUGGCGUGAUUGCUGGGCUGAAUGUCCUCAGAAUUAUCAAUGAGCCCACAGCUGCAGCCAUUGCCUAUGGACUUGAUAAAGGCAAAGCUUCAGAGCGCAACGUCCUGAUCUUUGACUUGGGUGGAGGCACCUUUGAUGUGUCCAUCUUGACCAUUGAAGAUGGCAUCUUUGAGGUGAAGGCCACAGCUGGAGAUACUCACCUGGGUGGGGAAGACUUUGACAACCGCAUGGUGAAUCACUUUGUUGAAGAGUUCAAGAGGAAACACAAGAAGGACAUCAGUCAGAACAAGAGGGCACUGAGGAGACUGCGUACAGCUUGUGAGAGAGCCAAGAGAACACUCUCCUCCAGCUCUCAGGCAAGCAUUGAGAUCGACUCCCUGUAUGAAGGCAUUGACUUCUACACAUCCAUCACCAGAGCACGCUUUGAAGAAAUGUGCUCAGACCUCUUCAGAGGAACACUUGAGCCUGUGGAGAAAGCCCUGAGAGAUGCCAAGAUGGACAAGUCUCAGAUUCAUGACAUUGUUCUGGUCGGUGGAUCAACAAGAAUCCCUAAGAUCCAGAAACUUUUGCAGGAUUUCUUCAAUGGGAGAGAAUUGAACAAGAGCAUCAACCCAGAUGAGGCUGUGGCUUAUGGUGCUGCAGUCCAAGCUGCCAUCCUCAUGGGUGACACUUCCGGAAAUGUCCAGGAUCUGUUGCUGCUGGAUGUGGCUCCACUAUCCCUAGGCAUCGAGACAGCUGGUGGAGUCAUGACUGCCCUGAUUAAACGCAACACCACCAUCCCCACCAAACAGACACAGACAUUCACCACCUACUCAGACAACCAGCCUGGUGUCCUGAUCCAAGUGUAUGAGGGAGAGAGAGCCAUGACAAAAGACAACAACCUGCUUGGAAAAUUCGAGCUCACAGGAAUUCCACCGGCACCUCGUGGAGUCCCCCAGAUUGAAGUGACCUUUGACAUUGAUGCCAAUGGAAUCCUGAAUGUGUCAGCGGUGGACAAAAGCACUGGCAAAGAGAACAAGAUCACCAUCACCAAUGACAAGGGCAGACUGAGCAAGGAGGAGAUUGAGAGAAUGGUGCAGGAAGCAGACAAGUACAAAGCAGAAGAUGAUCUGCAAAGAGAGAGGAUCGCUGCCAAGAACUCCCUGGAGUCUUACGCUUUCAAUAUGAAGAACAGUGUGGAAGAUGAAAACCUGAAAGGCAAGAUCAGUGAAGAUGACAAAAAGAAAGUUAUUGAAAAAUGCAACCAGGCCAUUAACUGGCUGGAGAACAACCAGUUGGCUGAUAAGGAGGAGUACGAACAUCAGCUAAAAGAACUGGAGAAAGCCUGCAACCCAAUCAUUACAAAGCUCUACCAGGGAGGGAUGCCAGCUGGAGGCUGUGGAGCUCAGGCACGUGCCAGUGCAGGGGCCGGUUCCCAGGGGCCAACCAUUGAGGAGGUUGAUUGAAAUGCCUCAAGAACUGAAUGGUGUGAGGACUGAAAUCUAUUUCUCUUUGAUUCUUUAAUUUCCUUCAAGCCUCAUUGUGUUAUGAGUGUAUUAGUAUUUUGUACUCAUUUCACCUCUACAUUCUAAUGUUUACACCUUUGUCUUUUUUAGUUCAUAAAUUACAAGAAACUUGUUACAUCAUUGCACUUUAUUAGUUCAUUCCCUCUUGCUAUUUAAAAAGUGUUAAACUUCCUAUUAAUGAUAGGAUUAACAUUUUAAGACAAGAUUCUAUUUAAGGUGACAAAGUUACCCUGAAAUUUAAGUGAUUAUAUAAUUUAUUUUUCCUUUAUGUUUUGUUACAGUCUAAUGUUGAUAAUUGUUGUGGUAA